AUGCCCUCAAAGUUGUUGUUGAUCACAUUACUGGCCUUGUCCGUGUCAUACUCGUAUGCCCAGAACGAUGAUGACUAUGACCCUCAGGCAGACGACGAACGAUCGCCACAACAGAAAGCCUUGGGUUCGACUGCCAGAAACUUCACACGCAGGUGCUGGGAGUUGUCAAAGUAUUCUGGAGAGAAGUCUUGUGACGUGUUCAACAUCUGCUGCUCCACUGAUAACGUGCUGAAUCGACUGAACGGAGACAAAUGUCAGACGGCCGAUCCGACCAACGGAUGUAGUGUUAACGCUGGUGUAGGUUUGAUAGUAUUUUGACUGAUUUCUUGUUCUUUUUGUAUCUCAAUUUAACGUUAUAUAUCGUACUUGACCUGAUUUACAACAUUAUUGUAUGUUAUCGGUAGUUGAAUGGCCUUAUCAUUAAUAUUACAUUACUUUAUAUUAUACUAAUCCCUUGCCGUUUGUAGGGUAACGAAAUCCAAUGGGCCCAAUGUGUAGCCUACAAUUGUACCGAAGAGAUCACGACGACUACUACAACAACACAAUCGCCCAGAUACGCCAACGCUAGUCCAGUGAGAUAUGGUAAGUGUAACAAGAUGACUAUAUAUAAUAACAUGGGCGUGGAGACAAAGUAACAAUAUUUCAAGUUAAUAUAACGAUAUAUCUACUAGAAAAUAACAGAUAAACAUAGAAUGAAGACAGUACUACAAUAGUACAGGAUCCUUAGAACUGUCUUAGCAGCCCUUUGUUUUUGGUAAAAAUAUGUUGACAUAGGUAAGCUUUGUGUCAAUUUGUACCUAUAUCUUAACAAAGAUGUUUCGAAAAAUUAAUAAGACCAGGUUUUUACUUUCUUCAUCUAAUAUCUAUACCUACAUGAGUGCUCCUCUCCAUUCCCUCUGUCUGCAGUAACAUUUACAGGGUGAACUAACGCAAUGUAAAUAUACACAUUUAGAAGAUAAUAGUAGUUUAGUGUUCGUACCAAUGUGGAACGCGACUACUGUACACAAACCGUGGUUAUUACUGUACGGUAAGAAGGGUCGAUAAUAUGUUAGUAUCUGUAUUGUCUUUUAUCUUGCCCUUGCUAUGUCGGUCUAAAAGUGAAUAGAAUAAACAAAAUAAAUUGUAUAUUAUAAUAAUUUAUUUUACAGUAAAGUAAAAAACACUGUUAUUACAGUAAUGCAGUAUAUUAUACUGUAAACACAGCCAAAAUAGAGCUACAGUAGAGUAAAAUGCCAUAGUUAAAAGUAUCAAAGUUAUAUAUUCACCAUUUUCAGGCACAAUGAUCGCUGUUGUAACCCCGUUGGUAGCGUUACUGCACUUGUAA